CUCGGCCCGGCCCAGAAAAUGUUUCUUCCACCUUCAAUAAAGAGUUCAAUAUGAAUAUGUGGCUCUGCCUUUUUGGAUGUAAGAGCAGAUUGAUGCCUGUCCUGUUUCCGAUACUUCGCUUCUCUCAUGAUGGAUUUAGUGUCCAGUAGCUGAACAGGUACUGAAGAUCUAAUGUUCCUUGUGGUGCUACCAUAAACUAGUCCUGUUUUGGUGGUACGUUUGGAAUAGUUGCAUGUGGCUCUGGAUGUAGCAUGAGCCAACCAGAGCAUGCCAGCCCAGGUAACAAACAUCUGAAGAAGAAGAAAAGAUUGGAACUCAGGGAAGACAUAAAAAUACACCACUGAAGUUGUCCACUUACAAUUGGGAAUUCACCGUCAAUGUCCACGCUUUGACCAAUCGGACGAAAGUUAAUCCCCUUCCGUUCUGACCCCUCGUAAAAUUUCAGUACCCCGCCAAAACAAUUCAACUCCUAGCGACAGAGUCAUUCUCACCUCAUCCAAGGCGAUCAAGUCAACCACCAUGGCACAUCUUGUGCUUCCUGGAGACUCUUGUUUCACGCCUUCUGAGGCCACGAAGCUCAUCGUGAGUAAUUGUUCCUUUCAUUUUCACGAAGCAUGGAGUUUUGUAAGACAAGAAACGCCGGUGUCUAAGAACUGGAGAAGCAACAACGUUAUUGUCAGCAUUAUGAAAAAAUAUCUGUCUGGAUGCGAAAAUAGUCUGUUUCCCCAACUGACCUUACACAUAGGCACUUAUCAACAAACUGGGCCAAGCCAAGGUCACUCAUCUCCAAGGCGUCUGGGUCCACUAUGCCCAUUUUCAAUUAAGAGGCGAUUCUGCCGUAGAGGUGGAAGAUCGCCUGCGACAACUUCUUCCAGGAGUCAAUAGUGAUGCUCCAGCAUUGGCCGCUGCAUCCAAGACCUAUUACAUUUCCCCUAGAAAUAUCUCACCAUGGAGUUCCAAGGCUACGAGUAUUGCCGAAGUCUGUGGCUUGAAGGGUGUGCAGCGUAUCGAAAGAGGACGUGCUGUAACCAUUGCCUUUAGUGAGGAGCCCAAGGAGGAUGACCUGUUUUUCAAGAAUAUUCUUCAUGACCGAAUGACGGAAAGUUUCAGUGCUUCUCAGCCGGAUUUGGAAAUUAUGUUCGCUGAAGGAAAGCCUCUUCCACUUGAGGUUGUUGAUUUAUGGAAAGAGGGUUCUACUCCUAUCGAAAUUCUAAAAGCAUACAAUGUGGAAUGUGGUCUUGCUUUAGAUCCAUCGGAAAUGGAGUACCUCGUUCAAGCCUACACCCAGAUUGGUCGUGCUCCGUACGAUAUUGAGCUCUUCAUGUUUGCACAAGUCAACUCUGAGCAUUGUCGCCAUAAGCAAUUCAACGCAAACUGGACCAUUGAUGGUAUUGCAGUGGGCAAGAGUUUGUUUGAGAUGAUCCGAAACACCCAUAACAAAAAUCCCGGCUUCACCGUCUCCGCCUAUAGUGAUAACGCAGCCGUACUACAAGGUGAGGUGGCUAGUUUCUGGGCUCCUGACUACUCUACCGGAAGCUGGAAACAAACCAAGGAAGUGGUUCACUUUCUAGCGAAGGUCGAAACACACAACCAUCCUACAGCCAUUUCCCCGUUCCCAGGAGCAGCAACAGGCUCAGGUGGUGAAAUUCGAGACGAAGGUGCCGUGGGACGGGGCUCUACGCCCAAAGCUGGGCUCUGUGGUUUUUGGGUGUCUGACCUGUUGAUUCCUGAUUACCAAGCACCUUGGGAAAUUGAUAUUGGAAAACCUGCCCAUUAUGCCAGCAGUCUGGAUAUCAUGUUAGAGGCUCCAAUUGGAAGUGCGCGUUUCAACAACGAGUUUGGUCGACCCUGUCUAACUGGAUGCUUCCGUACCCUCCUUGCUGAUGUUGACACCGGAAGUGAUGGUCAGGAAAUUCGUGGUUACCAUAAGCCAGUCAUGAUUGCCGGUGGCGUGGGUACUGUCAGACCUCAGCACGCUCUGAAGAAUGGGCGAGAUGUUAAGGAAGGUGCACAUGUCAUAGUUCUUGGUGGCCCUGCAAUGCUCAUUGGACUUGGUGGUGGUGCUGCUUCAAGUAGCACUUCUGGCGAAAUCUCCGUAGAGUUGGACUUCAACAGUGUCCAAAGAGGAAAUCCCGAAAUGGAACGUCGAGCUCAAAUGGUCAUCAACGCUUGUGUUGCUCUAGGCGAAAAUAAUCCUAUCGCCUUCAUUCAUGAUGUUGGUGCUGGAGGCUUGUCAAACGCAUUACCUGAGCUUGUGAAAGAUGCUGGCUACGGAGGAGAGUUCGAGUUGAGACAAGUUGAAAAUGCUGACAAGAGCAUGAGUCCUUUACAAAUCUGGUGUUGCGAGGCGCAAGAAAGAUAUGUCAUGAUCGUCAAUGCCGAUGGCCUCAAUCGUUUUGUGAGCAUUGCAAGUGAGUAUCUAUCCUUUUAUUUAUGCUUCGAGAAUGCACUAAUGAAUGAUCAGACCGUGAGCGAUGUGGCUUCUCGAAUGUUGGAAAAGUGCUUGCCAAGGACGAAAGUGGCAAUUCUAGGCUUGUAGUGACUGAUAGAGACUCUACCGGGUAUCCUCGACCUAUUGAUCUACCCAUGCCAACUCUCUUUCCAAAAGGGAAGAAGCUCGAGAGAAUUGUCACUUCAAGAAAACCAAAUCUUUCCCCGUUCGACGCUCACAAGUCUCUCGCUGACACAUUUCCACAAAUUCCCGAACAUGACUUGUUACGCAAAGCAAUUGAGCGUGUCCUUACUGUUCCAGCUGUUGGUUCGAAAUCAUUUUUGAUCACUAUCGGCGAUCGUAGCGUUGGAGGAAUGACUGUUAGAGACCAAAUGGUUGGACCAUGGCAGACACCAGUGUCUGACGUUGCAGUUACUAUCACCUCUCUAAACAUCGGAGACAAAAUCAAGACCGGUGAAGCUAUGUCUAUGGGUGAGAAGCCAACAUUGGCUCUCAUCUCGCCUGCAGCUUCAGCAAGGAUGUCUGUUGCAGAGAGUUUGAUGAAUCUGGCUGCUGCUCAUCUGCUUGGAGAUCUACCUAGAGUUCGACUUUCGGCAAACUGGAUGGCAGCACUCAACCACCCUGGUGAAGGUGCUGCUUUAUAUGAGGCAGUGCAAGCCAUUGGAAUGGACCUGUGCCCUAGACUCGGCAUCAGUAUCCCAGUUGGAAAGGAUUCUACUUCAAUGAAAGCUGCUUGGAAGGACCAAAAGACCGGAGAGGCAAAGGCGGUUACAGCCCCCAUGACAGUUGUUAUCUCAGCGUUCGCACCUGUUGCCAAUGUGAGAAAUACAUGGACACCCGCACUUCGUAGACUUGAAGAUGUUGGAGAGACUAUCCUCAUGUAUGUUGACCUCGCUCAAGGUCGUCAAGCAUUAGGAGGUUCCGCCCUUGCACAAUCCUUCGGCCAACUUGGAAGUGAGGCUCCAGAUGUCAGAGAUCCAGAUCUCAUCAUCGAUUACUUUGAUGCCAUUACUCAACUUCAUGAAACUGGUGUUAUUCUUGCGUACCAUGAUAUCUCUGAUGGUGGAUUACUCACGACUAUCGCUGAAAUGAUGUUUGCUGGUCGAUGUGGUGCAGAGAUCAUGAUUGAUGGUUUCACAAAGAGUACCUCGGUUCAAAAUGUGCUUUCAUCUCUUUUCAACGAGGAAUUGGGUGCUAUCUUCCAGGUACGAAAAUCCGACGAGAUCAAUUUCUUAAGAUGUUUCGCUACCUGCGGUCCUCCACCUGGCAUGGUUCGAAAGAUUGGUCGCGUUCCUGCCGUAUCGAAACAAAAGUUGUCCAUCCGUCAUGGCCAGCAAUUGAUACUCCAUAUGGACCGAACCGAAUUACAACAAUACUGGGCCAGCACAUCUUACCAAAUGCAACGUAUUCGCGACAACAUCGAAUGUGCAGAGUCAGAAUUCCAGUCCAUCAAGGAUGAUCUCGACCCUGGAUUAUAUUACAAACUUACCUUUGAUCCUAAAGACAACAUCCUACCUCUCACCACAACCAUUACUUCUACAUUCUCCAAGGCUCCUCGCGUUGCCAUCCUCCGAGAACAAGGUGUCAAUGGCUAUGCUGAAAUGGCGUUUGCCUUCAAGGCUGCUGGCUUUGACGCAAUCGAUGUGCACAUGACAGACAUCAUCUCAGGCCGCUCCCUCUCUGACUUCGUUGGUAUCGCAGCCUGUGGUGGCUUCUCCUACGGAGACGUCCUCGGUGCCGGUCAAGGCUGGGCAAAAUCAAUCCUCAUGCACGAAGAGAACGCCCGUCCCGAAUUCAAGAAGUUCUUCGAACGACCUGACACCUUUGCACUAGGAGUCUGCAACGGAUGCCAAAUGCUCACCCGGAUUGCCGAACUCAUCCCCGGAACCGAAAACUGGCCUCUGUUCCUCGACAACCAGAGCGAACAAUUCGAAGCCCGCGUAAGCAUGCUCAAGAUCCAAGACUCGGCUAAGACACCAUCUGUCUUCUUCCACGGUAUGAAUGGAUCCGCCCUCCCCAUCGCUGUCUCCCACGGCGAGGGUCGCGCGGCCUUUAAGACACCUGGGGAUCUCGAGGCGCUGGACGAACAGGGUCUUGUCCCGCUCAGAUAUAUAGAUAAUAGAGGCAAGAUUACUACCACCUACCCUGCUAAUCCUAACGGGAGUCCUGAGGGCGUGGCGGCUGUAAGAAGUAAGGAUGGUAGAGUGCUAGCCAUGAUGCCGCAUCCCGAGCGUACUAUUAUGGCCGAUGUGGGUAGUUAUGUUCCGAGGGAGCGGGUAGAGGAGUGGGGCGAGUUUGGGCCUUGGGUUAGGAUGUUUAGAAGUGCGAGGAGGUGGGUUGGAUGAUUGGUAGAUGGGUUUUUGUGCUUGAAAAUUGGAGUUGGGGGGUUUGUUUUUAAGAAGCACAUGAAGUACUUAUACUACUCGCUUAAAUUGGGGUCUUUGGUGCGUAGUUAGUUGGUAGUUAGAUUUUACGGGGAAAUAAAAGAGAUUUUGUUUUUCAGUUGGUUUGUGUGUUUUGGCUGGGCUUAU